GCGGGAUUUGGGUGGAAACCGCGGGGGUCCUUUAUAAGCGCGUGGGGGCGCGCGGCGUGCUCACACGAGGUCGGCCCCCGCGUUCACGAGAGAAGGGAGGCAAGGCAACCACCGCAGCAGCUGCGACCUGCGAGUGCGAGCGAGGAGGCAGCGCACCACGUCCUGGGCGGGCGGAGGAGUUGGAGCCGGCGGCGCGGAGAUUUGUGCUUGCCCGGCUUGGGGUUGGGGGUGUGAGAGAGACAACCGGCGAUGGCGGCGUCCGCGAGGCCAGGGGAGAGAGCGACCAGCUUCACCGUCGCGUGCAGCCUCCUCAGCCGCUUCGUCCGCCAGAACGGCGCCGCGGCUGCCGAGCUAGGCCUCGGGAUCAAAGGCGAGGUCGAGCAGCAGAGGACGCCGGCGACAAUUAGCUUGCUCCCCGGAGCGGAGGGCGAGGAGGCCGAGAGGACGAAGGAGACCAUGGAGCUGUUCCCGCAGAGCGCCGGGUUCGGCGUCAAGGAUGCUGCUGCCCCUAGCGAGCAAGAAAAUAAAGAGAAGCCUAAGCAGCUCACCAUCUUCUAUGGCGGGAAGGUGCUGGUGUUUGACGAUUUCCCUGCCGACAAGGCAAAGGACCUGAUGCAGCUGGCCAGCAAGGGCAGCCUUGUGGUACAGAACGUUGUUUUGCCUCAACCUUCUGCACCUGCUGCUGUCACCGACAAGGCCGUGCCGGCCCCGGUCAUCAGCUUGUCUGCUGCUCAGGCUGAUGCUAAGAAGCCUGCUCGCACAAAUGCUUCUGAUAUGCCUAUUAUGAGGAAGGCGUCUCUUCACCGCUUCCUUGAGAAGAGAAAGGAUCGUCUCAAUGCAAAGACACCAUAUCAGACUUCUCCUUCAGAUGCGGCGCCAGUCAAGAAGGAGCCCGAGAGCCAGGCAUGGCUUGGAUUAGGACCGAAUGCCGUGAAGUCCAACCUGAGCCUGAGCUAGUACACAACAACAACACAGCCAAAUAAGACGGCACAGCAACCUCACCAAGCCCUUCUGCAGAAUGAUCUGAAAUUUGCUUUGCCACUAGACCGAGUACCAAAAUCAUAAAUAUCUCUCGUUGUCGUGUUUUAGUAUUUCGUUUAGGUCGUGGUUUUACGCCCUCUUGUCACAUAGUUCUGGAUGUAAAGAAAAGUAGCCAGCCAGUCAUGACCAUCACCGUUGAGUCCGAGAGCAGUUUUUGUGGGGGUGUUUUAACACACGGCAGACUCUGAAUUGGCCAUGCUAAGUAAAAUGAUAGCGCAAAGAGAAGUAUAUGUAUUAUUUUCUGAAAGCCAGAUCCAUUUGGCUCUAGCCUUGAUGUAUUCAGAACAAGUGAUUGUAACGGAUCGUGAGUAUCCUCAUCUUGUUAUUGUUGUUGUUUUCUGAUCACAUGGCUUCACCAA